AUGGGGAAGAUUUCAACAGGAACUGGAAAGAGCGGGUUCCAGUGCAGGAAACAACAGAAGCAGUGCCCUGUAUUGACUGGCAAGGGCCGCAGCCGCUGGAGGGGGCGCCAGCGGAGGGCCACCGGCGGGGCCCAUGCAGUUACCGGGCCUUGGCACCCGCGCCCUGGGCCUCCUGGUUCUGCUCCUGCUGCCGCAGCCCCGGCUCCCCGAGGCCCAGGCGGGCGGGGAGGGCCGCUGGGGAGGCGCGGCGCUGUGGGCACCCUCAUCCCGCCCCACUGGGGGAGGCCGCCGGGACCCUGCGGCGAGCCCGCGGGCGUUAACCCACCCAGCGGCGAUGGCCCUCCAGACCCCGCCCGUUCCAACCACAGGGCCGGCAGCGUCCACACCGCCAGCAUCGCCCGCUCCAACCGCGGGGCCCACAGCGCCCACAGCGCCCGCAUCGCCCGCUCCAACCGCAGGGCCCACAGCGCCCACACCGCCCGCACCGCCCGCUCCAACGACAGGGCCCGCAGCGCCCGCACCGCCCGCUCCAACGACACGGCCCGCAGCGCCCACACCGCCCGGGCCCGCACCGCCCGCUCCAACGACACGGCCCGCAGCGCCCACACCGCCCGGGCCCGCACCGCCCGCUCCAACGACACGGCCCGCAGCGCCCGCACCGCCCGCUCCAACGACACGGCCCGCAGCGCCCACACCGCCCGCUCUAACGACACGCACCUGCCUUCAAGCUGCGGCCACCAGACCACGAGGGUGGUGGGCGGCCAGCCGGCCGCGGAGGGGCGGUGGCCCUGGCAGGUGAGCCUGCGGGUCAAGGACCACCACAUGUGUGGGGGCUCCCUCAUCGCCAACCGCUGGGUCAUGACCGCCGCCCACUGCAUCCACGGCUACAUGGAUUACAUCUUGAAGGUGGGGGGCAUACACGUGAACCCGGCCUCCAAGAACGCCAUCCAAGUCCCGGUUCGUGACAUCGUCAUCCACCAAGAUUUCAGGAUGUUAACAACCGUCGAGAACGACAUCGCCCUGAUUUUGCUCCAGUUCCCCGUGAAUUAUUCCGCCCACAUCCAGCCCGUGUGCUUCCCCGAAAAGAGGUUCAUGGUGCCAACGGACACGGACUGCUGGCUGACGGGAUGGGGUAAACUGAAGGAAAAAGAUUCAAAGGAGGCAGUCCCUGAGUUGCUCCAGGAGGCUGAGCUAAAGAUCAUCCGCCAUGAGAAGUGUAACGAGAUCUUGAAGAAGAAGUUGGGCACCCGGUUUGACCUGGUCAACAAAGGGAGUGUCUGUGCUUUAAGCGAACUCGGGAAGGACUCCUGCCAGGGAGAUUCUGGGGGCCCCCUGGUCUGUGAGUUUAAUAACACCUGGGUUCAGGUGGGGAUUGUGAGCUGGGGCAUCGGCUGUGGUCGCAAAGGAUACCCUGGGGUUUACACCGAAGUCAGUCUCUACAGGGACUGGGUCAUUGACCAGAUGAACCUGGCUUCCUCGCACGACUCCGCAGGCCUGUCCGCCCUGCCCCUGUGCCUGGUGCUGCCCCUGGGCGUCCUGGUGACCUUGUGACCACAGGCUGCUCCCUCCUGUCUCUGAGUCUCCCUUCAGGCCUCUCCUCCCACCUCCCUCUCCUCGGUGUCCUCCCCUCACAUUCCCGUUGGGACCCCCCGGCCCUGUGGAGCCACACAGCAGAGAGUAGAAGUGAAACUGGAGUUCCCGAAAGUGUCCCCGCCGUGCUCCGGUCCCUGGCCCCGGCCCGCCUACACCUGCUGAGAGGGAGGCUGAGACCAUCUAGCUCGGGGCCAGCUGGCCUGCCCAGCAGAGAAGUGCCCCAUG